AUGGAGGAGGAGGAGGAGGAGGGGAAGCCCGAAGCCCAAUGGCUGGCCCUUGCCUUGGUCCCUGGGGCAGAGCAGGAGGUGAAAGAAGUAGAAGAACAUAUAGAACAAAUGCUAAUAAAGCUGGAUGAGUUCUGUAGUAUCACUGAUAUGAUUAGAACUGAUACAUCACAACUUCUGGAUGACAUGAUUCCUCUCAUUAAAGCCAAAGUGAUCGAAAUGAACAACAUUUAUAACAAAGUGGAUAAACUAGAGGCCUUUGUGAAAAUGGUGGCAUACCAUGUCUUCUUGGAAGGGCAAGUGAUCCAAGCAGAGAGGGCUCAUGCCAUCUUCCCAUGUGCUGUCUGGAGGCUGCUUGGUUCAGUAGCUAUCCCUUCAUUUAAAAAAACAUAUACCUGUUUUCUACAGCCCACUUAUAACCUCCCAGAACUCUACAGAACGGAAAACUAUUUUAACAACAAAUAUAUAGGUAGCAAGUAUCAAAACUGCUAGUGCUGCAUUUGUCUAUAACCUUAUAGCCAAACUGAUGUAUGUUUUACUAAAGAAUAAUGUGUAUUUUUAUGCCAUGUACCUCUGCUGUAAGAAUGAAACUAAUCACAGUACUUGGAAUAGUUGCUGAAUUUUACCUAUGAGUGGUCUCUGUUUGAAAAACUUAAAAGCUGUAUUUUGUUUACAUUUAAUGUGGGACACAGGAUGCAGCAUAUUUAUCCAGAUUCAGUAACAAAUUAUUAAAGUUAAUUUGUAUGCUGUUGUUAGAUACAAA